AAGGACUACGUGCCAGGCGAGGCGAAGAUGAACGAGGUUCACUACGACGAACACGACCCGCCGAACUGGGAUGACGAGGGCGCCACCAUCUCCGGCCUCACGGCGCUCGCAUCGUCGCAUAGAGGACCCCGUCGACCCGAGGUGCCGUCGGCGAUCAAGCGGUGCCAGCAGUCAGGGCAUCACCGUGCGCAUGGUUACCGGGGACAACGUCAACACGGCACGCUCGAUCGCGGCAAGUGCGGAAUCCUGAAGCCAGAAGAUGACUUCCUUGUGCUCGAGGGGAAGGAGUUCAACGAAGCGGCGUGCGCGACAAGAACGGAGAGGGAGCUUCAUUCGCCCAUCUUGUCGAGGCAUCUGGAUGAAGAGAAAUCUGUUGUGAAUAUGUUGCACCAGGCUAAAGACUUCGCUGCCGUCAACGCUCGAAACUCGUCGGCACAGGAUGACAACGACGCCGAUGAGGAUUGUGUUAACGUGGAGAGUGCCCCAAGACUAGCAAAGCCAGAACAGCUAUAA